UGGAUCCGAAUCCAACCCACGUACCAUUUUAAACUCUGUCUUCACACGUGGGCCAUUCUCAUGAGAUUUCAAAUGCUCAAACCAGAGAAACUAGCGUUCUCCAUUUCCCGCCAAUUCCCAUCACUCAAACCUAAACAACCUGAAGAAUCACGACGCGAUCUCGUCGGAGACUUUCUUCUCCGGCUUAAAAAAUGCGUCUCCGUGAACCAACUCCGAGAGAUCCAAGCCCAGAUGUUAUUAAACUCCGUCGACAAACCCAAUUUCCUGAUUCCCAGAGCCGUCGAGCUCGGCGACUUCACUCACGCCUCUCUCCUCUUCUCCGCGGCGGAGGAACCUAACCACUACUCCUUCAAUUUCAUGAUCCGGGGGCUAACCAACACGUGGCACGAUCACGUGGGGGCGUUGUCGCUGUACCGCCGGAUGAGGUUUUCUGGGUUAAAGCCCGAUAAUUUCACGUACAAUUUCGUUUUCGUCGCGUGCGGGAACCUCCCGGAGAUUAGGGUUGGUAGAUCUGUUCAUUCCUCGCUGUUCAAAGUCGGGUUGGAAAGAGACGAUCACGUGAAUCAUUCGUUGAUCACUAUGUAUGCGAAAUGUCGUCAUGUGGUUGAUGCACGGAAGGUGUUCGAUGAAAUUACUGAGAAAGAUAUGGUGUCGUGGAACUCGAUGAUUGCUGGGUAUUCUCUUGCGGGUAAGGCGGAAGACGCGGUGGGUUUGUUUAGGAGGAUGGAGGAGGAAGGAGUUGAGCCAGAUGAGAGGACGUUGGUGAGUGUGUUGGGUGCUUGUUCACAUUUGGGUGAUUUGAAAACUGGUAGAUUGCUUGAGGGUAUAGCUAUCAGGAAGAAGAUCGGGUUAAGCGCGUUUCUUGGGCCUAAGUUGAUCAGUAUGUAUGGCAAAUGCGGGGAAUUGGACUCGGCGAGAAGGGUUUUCAAUCAGAUGGUUAACAAGGACCGUGUUGCUUGGAAUGCUAUGAUCACUGUGUACUCACAAAACGGGAGGUCAAUGGAAGCUAUUAAGCUGUUUCGUGAGAUGGAAGAUUCAAGAGUUUCCCCUGACGCUGUUACAUUGUCUACGGUACUGUCUGCUUGUGGUUCAGUUGGAGCUCUUGAGUUAGGCAAAAGGAUUGAGUCAUACGCCUUAGAAACAGGCUUGCAACAUAACAUCUAUGUGGCCACAGGACUAGUUGAUAUGUACGGGAAGUGCGGAGGCAUAGAGGACGCUCUUAGAGUAUUUGAAUCCAUGCCUGUGAAAAACGAAGCAACUUGGAACGCUAUGAUAUCUACUUACGCGCAUCAUGGACACGCCAAAGAAGCUCUUUUACUGUUUGACCAAAUGUCAGUUCCUCCAAGUGAUGUUACAUUCGUGGGAGUGCUCUCUGCUUGUGUUCACGCCGGUUUGGUCGAUCAGGGCCGUAGGUAUUUCCAUGAGAUGAGUUCUUCCUUCGGGUUGGUCCCGAAGAUCGAGCACUACACAAACGUUAUCGAUCUUUUGGCUCGUGCGGGGAUGUUAAACGAGGCGUGGGAGUUCAUGGAGAAGUUUCCUGGGAAGGCAGAUGAGAUCAUGUUAGGAGCGAUUCUUGGAGCGUGUCAGAAGAGAAAAGAUGUGGUGGUUGGAGGGAAAGCGAUGAAGAUGUUGAUGGAGAUGGAGGAGGUGAAGAACGCAGGGAACUAUGUUAUAUCUUCGAAGGUGUAUGCUGAUAUGAAGAUGUGGGAUGAAUGUGCGGAGAUGAGGGCGUUGAUGAGAGACAGAGGCGUUGUUAAGACGCCAGGAUGUAGCUGGAUUGAGAUGGAUGGUGAGAUGAUAGAGUUUAAUGCUGGAAGCUAUGUUUUACAGUGUGGCAGGGAGGAUGCUGGGUCGUUGUUGGGUUUGUUGGUAGAGGAGAUGAAGAAGGGAAGGUAUGAUUUUUCCAGUGGGAGUUUGAGUUUUGGUUAGUCCCUUCAGCUCCGAGUUUCUGAGGAUGUUAAAGAUGUGAGUUAAGUUGUGUCUUCUGACGAUGAAAGUGGUGCAAAGUGUUGUAGGUCGCUCAAGACUCAAGAGAGCAUGAAUCGAUCUGCUUCAUUUGCAUUUGAUGCUUAACGUGGGGACGAAGAGGUGGUUGCAGAUGUCAUAACUCAUAAGUACUAACUUAUGACUCUGUAAGUGUUUGGCAAUCAUACAACUGUGAUGAUUGGUAUACCAACUUUUUACUGUUUUUUCUUAAUGUGAUUCAGCUAAUUUCUACUCAUAAUAUUU